AAAAGAAAGAAUAUCCAAGCUUGGAUGUCGUGGUGAAUAUUCUGAAAAAGAAUCUGCAAAAUAAGAGAUACUUGAUAGUGCUUGAUGAUAUGUGGAAAGAUGAUCACGAUGAAUGGGAUGAUACGCUAAAUGUUUUGUUGCUCCUUGGGGCUCAGGGAAGCAAAGUGAUCAUAACCUCGCGAAGCAAGGAAGUAGUAUCACCGAUAAGUUCUUUAUACAGGCAUAGUUUGGUUGGAUUGUCUGAAGAUGAUUGCUGGACUAUGCUCGAGAAAAUUGCUUUUGGGACCGAAGGAGUAGGAAAGACAACAGAGUUAAUCGAGAUCGGGAAAAACAUUGCUAGAAAAUGUUAAGGAGUUCCAUUAACAACAAAGGUUCUUGGGCGUUUGAUGUAUUCCAAAAAAUCUAAGCAUGACUGGGAAUUAAUUGAAAACAACGAGCUAUGGAAGCUCCCAGCAGGCGAAAUGAAGGUUCUAAAGGUAUUGAAGUUAAGCUAUGACCAUCUCGAACCACAUUUAAAACAAUGUUUUAGGUAUUGUUCUCUGUAUCCGAAAGAUUACACUAUCAAGAGAAAAAGACUUAUCUGGAUGUGGAUGGCUGAAGGAUUUUUUGGUCACUCAAAGACAAGCAUGGAGAUGGAAACCUUGGGUAAUGAAUAUUUUGAUAGUUUGUUGAUUAAUUCCUUCUUUCAGGAGGAGAGAAAAAGUGACUUUGGUAUAAACUCAUGCUAUAAAAUGCAUGAUCUUGUGCAUGAUCUCGCACAAUCUCUUACUAAAAGUGAAUCCUCUGUAGUAACUGUUGACAGGAUUAGAGAAGAAGAUUUCAGUAGAAUUCGUCGCCUAAGUUUGGUCUUUCGGAAUGAUGAAUAUGCACCAGUGCCUAUAGGGUUGGCUAAAGUGAAGAAACUGCGGACUUUUUUUUUCACCGCAUCGGACUAUAUUAAUAUUUCAUAUGCUAUGCCAAUUUCUCUGAAUUUCAGUUAUGUACGUGUGCUGAACCUGAGGGGUACUAGGAUUCUUGAGUUACCACUAUCAAUUGGCAGCCUAAAAUACUUGCGGUAUCUUGAUCUUUCAAGCUCUCUUUGCUUAGAAGUAUUACCAAGCUCUUUCACUACUCUCUAUAAUUUGCAGACGUUGAUUCUCAAAUACUGUUCUGAUCUUGAAGAGUUUCCUGAAGAGAUGAGCAAGCUAACUAGGUUAAGUCAUCUUAUAUUGCCCAGUGGAUAUCCGUUGCUAAAAAAGGCAAGAUUUUUAACUUCCCUUAUUUAUUUACCCGUAUAUGUUGUUGGAAAUAUAACCGAAGGAUGUGGUAUUGAAGAGUUGAAAGACCUCAAUCUCCUCAGUGGUAAACUGAAAAUUUAUAAUCUUAAAAAUAUAAUCAGCGAAAAAGACGCCCAACUGGGAGGUUUAAAUAAAAAACAACAUCUACUUCAGUUGGAACUAAAUUGGAGCUUUAUUGGACGUCGGUCGUACCGCGGGGAUGACCCAUUUGACGAUUUUCUUGUGUUAGAAGGCCUUCAACCUCAUCAGAAUCUGCAAAGGUUGGGAAUUUACAACUAUUAUGGUUCAAAAUUCCCAACUUGGAUGACCAUCCCGAAAUGUUUACUCCCUAAUUUGGUUCACGUGGUUUUAGAAGAUUGCGGAAAAUGUGAAUAUCUUCCUCCGUUUGGGUUACUUCCUUUUCUCAAGAUUCUUUGGAUAAAAGGACUUAGCGCCGUGAAAAUGAUUGGAAAUGAGUUCUACGGUGCUAGCAUCGAUACCAAUGUAUGUUAUUUCCCUUGUCUAGAAUCUCUUACUAUUUUUAAUAUGAAAAAUUUAGUAGCAUGGGAGGAUCAAGUAUUGUCGCAUUCCGGUUCCUCUUUUUCUAGCUUUCCUCGCCUUGAAGAGUUGCGUAUUUGGGGUUGCCCCUGGUUAGAAAUCUCUCCAACUCUCCAGUCUCUGAAAAAAUUUUGAUUCAACGAUUAGUCUAGUUUGCAUUCUUCUCAUAGAUCCAUUGAAAUUGAUAGUUGCAAGGAACUUGGGCCUUAUCAUCUGAGAUUGGUUACUGGGAAGUGAAAAUUGUCAGCUAAAGAUUGACAGUACUUUCAAGUAUUUAAAUUAGUCAUAGAUCUUGAGAAGGGGAUGACAAGGGUAAUUUAUUUUUUCCAAGCCAAGUACUUUCAAGGGAUUAUCUCAAAGGAACGACUCUGUAGAAUCGCAGCUCUUGAGCAUAGAUUUACGAGAAUUAAAUUUUUUAUAAUUCUGGUUAUCGAAUUCGGUACUGGGGGCAGAAAAUAUUUUCACCACAUGGAGGCAUCUUAGAGCAUGAAUAUAAAGGGAACGAGAGUCCUCAAAAAAGAGUUGGCAAAUACUUCAGAGAACAAGAGAGAAAGAUGAAAGAUCUAGUACUGUUCUUGAGAAGAUUCAUGUACAAUCGCUUGUGUCGCUUACUUAUCUACUUUCCUUUCUUUGCAUUUCUGUUUGGACUGAACUUUGCUUGAAUCUCUACCUAUAGUAUUUUGGAUGUAAUUGGAAGUUUUCUUGUAGUCUACAUCAUGGAGCUAGA